GUUAAAAACAGAAACUUAUUUAAAAUUAAAAAAGUACUAUAAGUUUUUGUUUCCUAGCAACUAUUUUUGUCUACAGAAAAUCUGAAUGCAAGGCAAAUUCUGUUACGGUCAGAUGGGUGGGCUUCGUUCUGAGGAAAAUUAGAAUUUGUGAAGGAAGGUGUAGCGCUACAUUGCAGGGUCUCGCUUUAGCGAAUUCUUUUGGAUGAUUUUGAUUUUUAGGUUUGUUGGUGGGGAUUCAACAGCCAAAGGAGUUUAUGCAUAUUUAAAAUUGUUUAAAUUGGAGGGAUCAGCCCUGGAUAGCAACUAUGGAAUGAAACCCUACUUUUUUGCUGGAGCCAGCGUAACCACAUAUCUGAGUUGGGAACUGGUUCGAUUUGCAGGAAUGCAUGGCAAUUCGGCAAGUGUGCAAUUUUCUAGCUCACUGUGAGUGUAGGUUUUCCACAGGUAAAAGCACUUGUAUAUGGAUUCGCUGAAGCAUCUGGAAUCAGACCAUUUAUUGGAGCAUGAGGAGAAGACAGGGAUUCAAAUGUGUGAGACGUCAAAUAUUGAAGCUAUUGAUUCAUCUUUAAUUUCUGGUCUGCCUAAUGACAUUGCAUUUCUCUGCCUAUCAAGGGUUCCGCGCCGAUACCAUCAUAUAUUGAAAUGUGUUUCUAAGAAAUGGAGAGAUUUUUUAACAUCCGAAUCUCUAUAUUCAUAUCGUCAAAGCUUGGGGAUUGCAGAUAAUUGGAUUUAUGCAUUGUGUAGAGAUAGUUAUGAAUGUGUUCACUGUUACGUGCUUGAUCCUACAAGGCGAAGGUGGAAAGAGUUACCUGGCCUCCCUUUUGCAUGUUCAAAAAGAUAUGGCAUGACAUGCGAAGUUCUUGGGAGGAGACUUUACCUGCUUGGUGGUUGUGGUUUUACUGAAGAUGUUACCAAUGAGGUAUACUGUUAUGACCCUUUACCAAACAAGUGGCAGAGAGUUGCAGAUAUGGAUAUAGCAAGGUGUUAUUUUGUUACUGAAGCCUGCAAUGGUCGUCUCUAUGCAAUUGGGGGAAUGGGGUCAGGGGAUUUGAUGUCUUGGGAAACCUAUGAUGCAGAAGCAAACACUUGGACAUCACAUGAAAAUCUAAAUGUUCUGCCUGACAUUGGGGAAUCAUUAGCUUUUGAUGGUAAAAUAUAUAUCAGACAUAUCAGUACAAAUUUAAGGCUAGCUACCUAUGCAGCUGCGUAUGACACAUCUAACAAUGCAUGGUCUACUGUUGAUGAUGAAAUGACCAUGAAUUGGUAUGGGCCUGCAAUAAUGGUUGGUGGUGAGAUAUACAUGGUAGAUCAAACAUCGGGUGUUAAACUGAUGAUGUUGGACAGGUUAAAUAGGUGCUGGGUAUUUGUUGGGAGGCUGUCUUGUCAUUUGAUAAGAACGCCCUGUAGGAUUACUGCAAUUGGUAACAUGCUUUAUAUAAUAGGAAGGGGUCUGCAGACAGUGAUGAUAGACACAGGGAAGAUAGAAAAGGGUAGUGGAAUGUUGGUGACUUCCUCAAUUGCUGAGUUGUCCUUGUCAGAUGAUGUAAUCUUUAGCUGUAAGACCCUUUCAAUUUGAAAUAUUUUAUCUAUUGAAAAUGCUGUGUAACUCACCUAUUUAUAUUAUACAUACUGAUUGUUCUUUCUUUGUA